UCGAUUGACUCAGGAGGCAAGUUACCAUAUUUUGAAUAUUACAAAGUAUCCUGGAUGUACCAAUUUCCAGUGCAUUAAGAAACAAUCCAGUGGAAUUUUUGCCAGACACCCACUGCAAGGAUCAUACCUAAUACAAGUGAUACAAGUGCAGAGAUCAGAUCCCAGACCUCCAGUAUCAAUGGCGUCGAGUUCAAGCCACCCUCUGCUGGAGUCGGUGGGUAGCAGGUUCCAGCAAAACAGGGCACAGCAGCAGGAUCAAGUGAAUACUUUCAUUGAAAAGAGAUCUGCGGAGAAGGUCCAUUCCCAGUUUAUACAACAGAACACAGAUACUCCACAUAAUCUGGGCAGGGCACAGUUUGUCGCCAACCACUUCGCCAAGAAACAUGGUAUCAAAGAUGCAUCCAACCUCAACAGCCAAGGUCAGGGAAAUGCUACCUCAGGCACUCCAUCCUCAACUGCCUCAUCGCGGAAUGCCAAAGGGACAGGGGCCAUGCCAAAAACUAAUGUACCGUCACUUAGGACCAGCGUUGAACAACAGCUAGGGACAAGUACUGGCAGUCAGACGUCCACUCCAGGCACUUCUACAGCUCAGGUAGAAAACCGUGGCCAGAAACGCAAGAGAACUGUGUCUUCGUCCUCAGGGAUAAUAACCCUGGACAGUAGCAUUGAUGAGAGUUUUACUAUAAGCAAUGAAGAUGGGGAAGUCGCAUGUCCUGUACUCAACUGUGAGGCCAAAUUCUCAUCAGAGACAUCUCUUGGACAUCAUAUGAAUUUGUUCCAGCACUCACCAUGUAAUCCCUUCCUCAAGCUGAAAGAUUGCAAGCAGAUGGUAGCUGAGCCAUUGCUGCACAUGUGUCCUGAGUGUAAUGCGACUUUUAAGACUGAGUAUGGGUGUAGGGAGCACAUGAAGGCUAAGGGCCAUCUCAUGUUUAUGGAUCCCCUGGAGGUUACAGCAUUCAUGUGUCCACAAUGCCUUUACUUGUUUGAGAACAGGGAGGUUUGCCAGAUGCACAUCACAAAGAGCAAACAUCACACAUGUGCCUACCCCUUCUCAAAGGAGCUCUACAAUACCAACCUCACCAUGGCCCCGUGCCCAGUCUCCCAACCUCUUGUGACAGAGUUGGUUCGACUGAGCAAGAAUGUCCCGUUCACCAUUAGCUGCCUUGAAUGUUCCAUGGUGUUUCAAAAUCCUGCAGAGCUGCGUCAUCAUCUUCGGGAGACACAGAAUAUUCACGUGGCUUCAGUCUUUACAGACUCUAGCAUAAUAGAGAUAUUCUCGCAGUUUCUGGCCUCCUAUUCUUGCCAGAAGUGCCAUGUCCUCUUCAAUGAAGAUUCAUCUAGCAACUUUGUCCACAUGUGCUCUAGUUCCGAAAAAGGGACAAUAAUUGAAAAUGACACAGCAUCUUUCUCUGAAUUUGUUAAAAGGUGUGCUGUAACAGUUCUUAACACAAGAAAGAAGAAGGUAAAUGAUGGUUCAUCAGUAAAUUCGACAACACUAUCUCAGAAUGGCUCAAAAGCUGCAUCAACUAAACACAAAGCGUCUAUUCCAAAAGAAACGUUUGACAUUAUGAUAAGUGAUAGUGAUGACGACAAUGUGCUUGAUCUUGUGCACGGAGCUGCUGCUCUGGACUAUCGGACAGACGCUGAUUUUAUUGACCUAGAAGCGUUGUCUUAUUCAACGUGUGUUGAGGACAUUAACCAGCUUCCAGUUGAAAUAGAAAGCGGUGCUGGAGGCUACAAUUCCAGCAAAAAAAAUGGGGAAACUACUGCAGCUAAUUCAGGAAAUGUAGUACAACCAGAAAAGGUCAAGGCUGCUAAAGCUCAACAGGAAUGUGAACUAACUAAGGUUGAUCUUACAAAAAAAGGAAAAGAUCAUCUAGGAUCCUCAAAAGCAGGAAACUUGGCAGUGAAGUCUGAGGCUGCAAGUAAUAUCCCAGGACCCAGUGAGAUUACAAAGCAACCAAAAGUUGAGGUAGAUGCCAUUGUGAGGCGUGAUCGGUCUCGAAGCCCCAUUGACGGGCCAGUGAACCUCAUUUCCACGGCACACCUGAGCCAGAUGACCCACAUCAUCUUCCUUGACCUUGACAAUUGGCCAUGCUUUUUCUCCAAACUACCUCGAAUUCUGCCUAACGGCACGUUCGUGUGGGGAUUCAAGGGAGGCGGUAAUGUGUGGCGAGAGCCUCGAUUCUGCAACAUUUUUAACAUGAUGAAAUUGAACAAGAUGUUCUAUCUUCAUGGACAGUGUGGCCUCACCAAAGAUGCAGCUGACUUCGCUAUAGUACUUACAGUCGGCACAAUGCAUGAGAGACUUCCCAAACAUAUUCCAUUUACAAUUCUGUCCGGUGACAAAGGUUUCCUGGAGGUGGAGCGCCAGAUGAGAAACGAGGAGCGCAAAGCCAGCGUCCUUGAUCCACACAGUGCAGCCAAGUUCUCAAAUGAGAUGAUUUACAUGCUCAUCUGCAGUAUUACUGACAAUUAAGGUUGUUUCCUAAAGGGUUAUAUUUAAACAGUUGGUAAAAAAACUGACCUAAAAUUAUAUUACCACCAGAAAACUAAUUUAAAGUUACUUUUUUCUUCAAUUUCUUUUAAUUUCUGAAAGUUGUUUAAAGUAGGUAGAUCUUCAAUUUUCACAAACCUCAAUCUGAAAUUUUAUUUUUAAAUUACUUUAAUGCAAUAUUUAAGUGUUUCAAUACUUUCCUUUGACUUAUUUUCUUUUUGACUUCAUUUAAUAUACUUAGUAUAUCAUUUUUGUAUCAUGAUGGCUUUUCUUAAUUUUCACUGAUGCUGAUGUCAUGCCAUUUGUACAGCCUCUAGAUUUUUUUCUCUUUCAAUUUAACAUACCAGGAGUAAUGCAUUUACAACUUUGGUUUUGUAAUAACAUUUUUCAAGAAAUAAAAAAGGAAAUUUAAUAAACAUAGUUACUGAAGUUUUUCUCUUCUGUGUUUUAGUUCACCUGAGCACAAAGUGCUCAAGGUGAGCUUUUGAGAUUGGUCUAUGUCCGGCGUCUGUUGUCAACAAUUGUGACUCCUUAACUGCCUGGCCAAUUUUUAUGAAACAUCAUUUAAAUUUGUUCAAAGAAAUGAACUCCAUGCAAAACUUUGGUUGCCAUGGCAACUGAAAGGAAAAACUUUUUGACAUAAACCAUGAAGCCAAGAGCCUCGAUAUUUGGUGUGUUACAUUGUUCAUUGGUCCUCUACCAAGUUUGUUCAAAUUAUGCCACAGAGGUCAAAACCAGCCCCACCCUGGGGGUGACAAGUUUCUUGAAUACUUAUAUAGGGAAAUCUUUGGAAAUCUUAUUGUCUGAAACUGCAAGGCCAAAACUGUUGAUAUUUUGUUUGUAGCAUCAUGUAGUACAUGUAGGCCUCCACAAAGUUUGUUUAAAUUAUGCACCUGUGGACAAAACUGGCCACAUCCUGGGCCAGCGUCUUGUUUUUAUUUAGAAAACGUUUCCUCAAAAUGUAUUGAGUCAAUUUUAUUGAAACUUCACUGGAAGGUUCAUUGGGUGACCAUCUACAAAAAUACAACAGGGCAUCUUGAUUGACCUACAACAGAAGCAAAAAAGUGGAAGACUUGCCUAAGAUACAGGAAAAUCAUUCAUACAUACUUAAACUUUUCCUGGUUUAAUUUUAAAACAAAUAGUUUGAUGCUGAGUGAAAUUCCAUAUUUUGACCUUCAAAUUACAGGUCUGACAUCAGCUACUUCCUACACAUUUAUACCAAAUCUUCAGAGCUCAUGAAACUAGCAGAUAACAUCUUUUAUGAUGCAUAUACCUUAAUAUUUAUGAAUCCAUCAGCAUAAGCCCAAAUGGUGACAUAGGUCACAUUUCUGUGACUGUUCUUGUUUGCUUCUAAAGAAAUACUUAAUAGUUAUUCCAAAACAAAGUUUGAUGCUGGAUUCCUGAGAACUAUAUUCUCUGUCAAAAGUCAAUUUUACUUUUAUAUCAAAUACAAAAAAAAAAUAUGAAAAUAAUGUUGACCCGAUUAAACAUGUUUAUAACAAGUAAAUGGAAAACAUUUGUAAAAUAAAGCAAAAACAUUGAUUCUGAAACAUUAUAUACCAUAAUAGUCUCUGUUUAAAGCUGCACAGAUCGACCAUUUGGACAACUUUUCUAUUUUUGACUUGGGAAUGGGCCAAUCUUUGUGUAAAUGUCUGGAAAACAGUAAGAUAAGAUCGCAGUUUUUAGCUGGAUUUUUCAACAAAAAAUUACGGGUUAUAGAAUGGUGAAAAACGGGUAGGCGUUAACAAUUCUGCAUUAAAGUUUUCAUUUUAUGUAAUAAAAUCAAGAGUUUUUAUCCAAUGGUUAUCAAACUUGGUCAGACUAUUUGUUAGCAUGUUAUCUUGAAUAUGGGUCAUCUCGGGUCAAAAACUAGGUCAAACAUUAGAAGAAAUAUUUCACGGUAAUAAAUUCAACAAUUUUUAUCAAAUCUUGAUGAAACAUGGUCAGAAUGCUUUUCUGCAUAAUAUCUUGCAUAUUUUUUAAUAUUGGUCAUCCCGGGUCAAAAUCUAGGUCACUAGGUCAAAUCUUAGGAAAAAUAUUUCCACAUCAUAAAUACAACAUUUUAUCCCCCGCCAAAUCGAAGAUUUCGGGAGGAGGAUAUUGUUUUGGCGUUGUCCGUCUGUCAUUCCGUCCGUCUGGUACCAUAUCUUGGUAGACAUUGAUCAGAAAAUGUUCAAACAUGGUCAGAAUGUUCCCCUUGAUCAAAUCUCAACCGCUAUUAAAAGUGGGUCACAUGGGGUCGAAAUCUAGGUCACUAGGUCAAAUCUUAGAAAAAUCUUUGAACAUACUAAAGGCAUUAUACAUGGUCAUAUAUUCAUGAAACUGGGUCACAUAUGAUCGAAAAUUAGGUCACUAGGUCAAAACUUAGAAAAACCUUGUCCAGAACCAUAUCAUGGUAAUGAUUAGUCAAGUUAUGUUUAAAAUUUGUCAUGAUGUACCCCUUGAAGAAAUACGGACCACUUAAAAAAGUGGGUCACAUGGGGUCAAAAACUAGGUCACAAGGGCAAAUCUUAGUAAAAUCUUUGGAACAUACUAGAGGCAUUAUACAUGGUCAAAUAUUCAUGACACUUAAUCAGAAUGUUUUCCUUGAUGAACUCUUGGUCGUAAAUAAAACUGGGUCACAUGAUCGAGAAUUAGGUCACUAGGUCAAAUCUUAGAAAAAUCUUGUCCGAAACCAUAUCAUGGUAAUGAUUGGUCAAGUUAUGUUAAAAAUUUGUCAUGAUGUACCCCUUCAUGAAAAUGGACCACUUAAAAAAGUGGGUCACAUGGGGUCAAAAACUACGGUAAAUGACUUGGUAUUAGAUGCAGUUUUUUCCUCAGAUUUCAACAUAAAAAUGCCUGCGUCUAAUUACCAGUAACAAGCUUUUGAACUUUUAACAAGCCUUUUGAACUUUUUUUCUGUGGUCGAUUUCAGGCUGAGCGUUUGUUUAGACUAAUGUAGAAAGGGAUGUUACUCGCGUCAUAUUGAUGAGUAUAUAUGGGUUAAAAUUGCAGUUGAAGAUCGGGAUAUGGUAUAUUAAAAAAAAAAAAUUGUAUGAUUAAAAUUAUUCAAUAUCAUUUUGAAUAUAACAAUAAUUAAACAUGCAAAUAUAAAAAGAAGCAAAGCUGUACACUGUCAAAUUUUUUUGUCAGUUGUACAAUAAGGUGUGAAAAACUCCCACUGCCUUUAAGCUGUUUAACAUACCAAUACAAACUGUUGUGAUAAUGGUCUUGUUUUUUCGCACUUUGCCACGUUCUUUAUUCAUUUCUGUAGGUGUUGACAUUUUGAGAACAAACCCGUACAAUAUAAGGUUUUUGCAUUACUGAACUUUAUAUUCUCAACAGAUUAUUGUUUACGAUAUACUGUCAGAAAGAAAUCUUACAAAUUAUCAUACAAGGUACUUUUCAGUGCCAUCCAGAUACAAAUUUUAAAUAAUGUGUUAUGUUUUUAUUUAACAUGAAA